UGAAAUGACGGCAUAAGCUAUAGAAACUUUUGAGGUUCCGGUCGUUGGACGGGUUACAUCAUCAUCAUCAUCUCCUAUAAUAUUAAACCACAGUUUCUUAACCUUCCUCGCCCAUCUCCAUAUCUUCCCCGAAACCCCCAACCUCUCACUAAGUACACACCAACCAUGGAGACCUUCUUCAUCGUCCUUGCUUUGGUAGCUGCAACUCUCACGCUCGCACUGAUCGCCUUCGCGUCGAGACUCGGCAAGAGCAAGGGCAAGAACCUCCCGCCGGGUAGCUUCGGGUGGCCGAUCGUCGGCGAGACCAUCGAGUUCCUGUUCGGCAAGCCGGACAAGUUCGUCUUCGACAGGAUGGCGAAGUACUCCCCCGACAUCUUCAAGACCCGAAUCCUCGGCGAAGACACCGCGGUCAUCUGCGGUCCGAAUGGGCACAAGUUCCUCUUCUCCAAUGAGCAGAGGUACUUCACCGCCUUCCGGCCACACUCGAUGCAAAUGAUCUUCCGGUCCCACAAGAAGGCGGCCCCGCCUCCCGGCAAAGAGGAAGAGAAAAUCCUCCGCUCGCCCGGGUUUCUCAAGCCUGAAGCUCUAGUAAGGUACUUGGGGAAGAUGGACACCAUCACACAACAGCAAAUGCAAAGCGAGUGGGAAGGCAAGAGGGAAGUCAGGGCUUACCCUCUGGCCAAGUCAUUGACGCUCACCCUCGCAUGCCGGUUUUUCAUCGGCACCGACGAGCCGGAGCGGAUCGCGCGGCUCGUGGACUAUUUCGACGACAUAACACUCGGCCUGCACUCGAUGACCCUCAACUUCCCGGGCACCAUCUUCCACAAGGCCAACAAGGCCGCGGCGGCGAUCAGGAAGGAGCUGCGGGCGGUGAUCAAAGACAAGAAGGACGCCAUCUCGAGCGGCGCCCCGAUGCAAGACAUACUGUCGCACAUAAUUGUGGCCAGCGAUCCCUCCGGGAAACACAUGCCGGAGGCCGAGAUCGCCGACAAGAUCAUGGGGCUCUUGACCGCUGGCUACAGCACCGUAGCCACUGCCAUGACCUUCUUCAUGAAGUAUGUUGGAGAGAGGCCUGACAUAUACAAGAAGGUGCUGGAUGAGCAAUUGGAGGUCGCAGCAUCGAAGAAAUCCGGGGAGUUGCUGGAGUGGGACGACAUCAAUAAGAUGAAGUACUCGUGGAACGUGCUGAACGAAGUCAUGAGGCUCACCCCACCUCUCCAAGGAACCUUUAGAGAGGCCCUAACCGAUUUCACCUAUGCUGGUUACACCAUCCCAAAGGGAUGGAAGGUCUAUUGGACUGUUAGCACAACAAACAAAAACCCAGUGUACUUCCCAGAGCCGGAGAAGUUCGACCCGUCAAGAUACGACGAUGGCAACUCUUUCCCUGCAUUCACAUUCGUUCCCUUUGGAGGUGGGCCAAGAAUGUGUCCAGGCAAAGAGUACGCACGCUUGGCGAUCCUCGCGUUCGUUCACAACGUGGUCCGGAGGUUCAAAUGGGAACUGGUGAAUCCGACGGAAAAGAUAGUCGGGGACAUGAUGCCUGCCCCACAGAAUGGCCUCCCAGUCCGCCUCACGCGUCAGUGAUCGAAGCGCUUUCGUUGAUUCAUUGCUCCGACAAGCUCUUUAAAUGAAGACUUCUCAAACCGAAGCUCGAUCUGCCCCACGUAUAUGUUUACUUGUGAUUUGAUGUAUAGCUGCUUUUUGCGGCUUGUCAUAAAUAGAAAGGAAUUAGCUUCUCUCUCUCUCUCCAUCUCUCUUCAUCGCCCUUUUUCGUUAAGUGUAACAAUGGAAUUCUGUAGUUUCUUAUCCUAUAUUUUGUGCAAGCAGCAUAGCAUAUGAUCUCCUGUAAGUAGCUUUAGUUCCCAAACAACCUAUCGGGCCGAAGUCCUCGGUCUCCGUUGGAUGUCAUAGCUAGCGAAACCGUACCUUCUGUCGCGUC